GCACAUGGAUGGGGUGGAGGGACCCUCUCUGGUGUCAUUAAUGUUUCAUUGUAUUUGCUGAGGGGGGCUCCUGCAGCUCUAGCCCACUCACAAUCUUCAGUAGUUGGGGUGGGGUGUGGGAGUGGACUAACCAUAGUGCACAGUUUACUGAUGGGAAGCUGAGAAAACCCACAAAACCCUAGUUAUUUCCUCCAUACCCUGCUGCCAAUGUAACCCUAUACCCAGCCUAUUAUUCUUCAUACUCCUCUUCUGCCAAGUUGUAAACUUUGGAUACCUGUUAUACUGGAGCCCUGACACCACCCUGGAGGCACAGGCAGGAGAUUCACAUUGAAGGCAUCAAAGUCUGGAGAAGGAGGUGAAUAGAGGAAUCUGGAGGAGGAGGCGGACAAAGGAGUCUGGAGUUGGACAGAGGGGUCUGGAGGAGGAAGCAGACCCUAAGGUGUCCUGACAAAUCCCUCCCUUUCCCAGUGUGGCACCCUUUUCCUGUGGAGCUCCGAUAAGAUGUCAUAUGUGACAUAUCACAUAAUGUAAGGGUGGAAAGAUGGGUACGUUCCUCUUCCUGUAUGUUGCCUUGUCUCUUCUGAGGACAGCGUUCACCUGCCCUGAGGCAUGCUCCUGUGUGGACAAAUACAAUCAACAGUUUGCUGACUGUACUUACAAGAAGCUACUAAAGGUCCCAAAUGGGUUUCCUUCAAAUGUCACCACCCUCAGUCUUUCAGCCAACAAAAUCAGUGCUCUGAAGAAGUCCAAUUUUGUAGGAGUGCCGCAGGUGACAUCUUUGUGGUUAGCUCAUAAUGAUAUUAGUUCAGUAGAAAGAGGUACAUUGACAACUUUGAUUUAUCUUAAAAACCUGGAUAUUAGUUUUAACCAACUAGUCGAAUUUCCAUGGGAGGAUCUGGCCAGCCUUCCAGCCCUUCAACUGAUAAAAAUGAACAACAACCGCAUGGUCAACCUACCAUUGGAUGCCUUCAAAAAUCUAAAAGAUCUUAGGUCUCUCAGAAUAAAUAAUAAUAAUUUCACUGUAAUUCGGGAAGGAACCUUCAAGCCUCUUCUCUCUCUUCUGCACAUUCAGAUCUACAAUAAUCCUUUCCAAUGUACUUGCUCACUCAUAUGGCUGAAAAAAUGGAUUGAAGAAGCACAGAUUACCGUAGCAGAGAAGGAUUUAAUUGUAUGUGCUUCCCCUGCCGACCUUCAGGGGAAAAAAAUUAUUGCAAUUCCAGAUUUGCCAUGCAUGUCCCCUACUGUGCAGUUAAGCUAUCACCCUAAUCUUGAUAACACUGAGUUAUAUGAUGGAUUUACUCUCAGUUUACACUGCUUGGUCAGUGGAAGUCCAAAGCCAACAAUCCAAUGGAAAGUUCGCAAUUCAACCCAAGAGACUGAGAUUAAAACCUCCAGUGAUGUGGCUAAAGCAGAGUUAUCUGGAAAUUUUCUGGUUUAUCAGAAUGGAACACUGGUAAUCCCACACCUAAGCAAGAAAUUAGAAGGUGCAUAUACUUGUAUAGCCACAAAUGAGAUGGGAAGUAGCCAGGGUUCCGUCAAUGUCUCUGUGGCUGGAAGUCAAAAAAAUCCCACAAAGGUAGAGGAUCCGGCAGCUGGAAAGACACCUAAAGAUACCAAAAAACCUACAGAUAAAGACAUGGGAAACAGUGUUCUUAAAUUAGAUAAAACAGAGGAAAAACUGAAUUCUGUCAAACCAACAGUAUCAACUGCUGGCACAGAGGAUAACAAAAUAAAUACCAGAGAGGACUCAAAUGAAAAGAAAUGUGGACCUAGUGUAGGAGGUCUACAUGUUUCCAACCAUGCAUUCAAUGAGAGCAGCAACUUGAAACCUCAUGUGUUUGAUCUGGGGGUAAUAGCUCUGGAUGUAUCAGAGAAAGAUGCAAAGGUACAAAUAACUCCAUAUAAUACACAUUUUGGCAAACAGAACCUAAAGAUGCUUUAUCUCUGUCAGGAGAGCCCUAAAGGCUAUUCUUUGGUGCAGUGGUCAGAAAUUGAGGAUCAAGUAAACUCCUAUUGGUUUCAAGGGCUGACCCCUGGCACCAACUAUUCUGUAUGUCUAACGUACAAAGGAGAAGAUUGUCAUGUGCAGGUGGUUUUUACCACUAAGAAAGAAGUCCCCUCUUUGAUCAUUAUCAUUAUAGUGAGCAUUUUUCUUCUUGGUUUGGCCACCAUACCUCUAGUGGGAGCUACAUGCUGUCACCUACUUUCUAAGUACCAUGGCAAAAACUAUAAAUUAAUAAUGAAGACCCAAAAACAAGAUCCAAUGGAAAAGCACAUGGCCGCUGAUUUUGACCCGAGAUCAUCCUAUGUAGAAUCAGAAAAGAAUUUUGAUCCUAAUGAAGCUGAAGGGGAAGAAGGUGAAACAGAGGGAGUAGCAGCUUCUGUAGAUGUUGAGAAGGAGGUUGAAGGAAGUGUAUUAGAUGAAGCUCUUCCAACCUCUCAAUCCAAAACCAACCAGGAAGAUUUUGAGGUGGGAUCUGAGUACAGUGACAAGCUCCCUUUGGGAGCUGAGGCUGUGACCAUCUCUGAAGAAAUUAAUGGUAACUACAAGGAUCCUGCCCGCUGAUAUGGCAAGAGGUAUCAAGAUAUCCUUCUCAUUCAAUCCCUUUGAUUUAUCUGUAAAUGUGUUUAAAAGUGAGACCUUCUAUAAUUCACAAGCUCAUCCGUAUCCAUGUACUACCCCUGCAAGUAUAAAAACCUGAACAGAGUCUCCAGAAAUAUGCCUCUAGAAAGAAUUUACAGGUUAACGGAGGAAUGUAAAGCAUACACACAAGUUAAGAGGUGUGAUGGAUAAACAAAAAACCACAAUGGCAGUGAUCUCAGUACUGUUGGGCAGGCUGAGAAUAAUAGCAAACCAAUACUCACCAGUUCAAAGCCUCAACAAAAAGACUCUGGCCAUUCUAGCAGUAGACAGCUAUGCUGAUGGUUUCAGAACACUGCACAAUGUAUGCAUGCCCCGUGUGUCGCAUAUCUGUGUGCAUCACUGUUUACGUAGCAAUGUAUGUGAAUAUGCCACAAAACGUGUUCUGUAGGUUAGUCUUUAAAAAAAAGUGUGUAAAUGUUUUGCCAACAGGUGAGUGCACUGUGCGUAUAUAUAUUUAUAGGUAAAUGUAUAUAAAAGUGCUUCUACAGAGAGCACUUACUACAUAGCAUGGUGUAUACCUGCCUACAAAACUGCCUACUUACGCAUAUACAGUAUACCCAUACCUAGCAUCCAAAUAUUUUGCAGUUUAUAAACAUUUCCCACACAUAUACACAUUAUUAGGGUAUAUGAGAUCUAAGGAUUUGCCUAACCACAAGACCAAAAAGAUAUUUGUACUUCACUAAAACCCCGUACCAGUAACCAAGAUGAUGCAACAAUGGCUUACAAUGGGAUAGGCCUGUAAUUCUAUUACAGUAUACAAAUGUUUCUUAUAAAGUCAUGACUGCAGCUAUCCAAUGCUUUUAGAUGUAUAUAUAAACCAGGACUGUAUAUCAAUUCCAUAAUACACGGUCAGAUGCUUCUCCAUCACCACUUAAUGUAGAAAAUCAGAUCUAUGUGAAUCCCAAAGAGAUAAAGCUGGAGGAUUAUGGAGGAACAAUGAGUAAUACGAGUACACCUGCUCUGUGUCUUCUCCAAGCUAUAAUACUGUAUACAACCUUAACUGUGUCUCCUGGGACCACAUCACCAUCCCUCUGCUGUGAGUCAAAAGGACAUACGGUUAACCUCUAACUGCCCUGAAAAGAUGAUAGCACAAUAUUUCUACGGAGCCAAUUCUUUGUUAUCCUAAGUCAGUGGGUGUAAAGGUGUUACAUUGGGGGUCUUCACCUAGAGUCACAGAUAAACUGAUUCUGGAAGUCACUUUGGACAUAACCUUCAGUCUUCUAUGGACAUGUAGCUUAUAUUUCUUUUGGCUACAAGUACAGUAUGCCGCCUUUGUUAGAAUGUUCUGAGUAGGAGUUAGUUACAAAUGUUACUCAUAGAUUUUUCUUAUUACACAGUGUUUUUAUGCUUUUUGAUCAAUAUUUAAUAACAUUGUUACAUUUGCUAUUGCUUUCUGGUAUACAAUUACAAACAUUUCUGUAAUCUGUUUUUAUUACCUAGGGAGUCCAGUUCUGUCCAAAUUUACAAGAUAUUUAAGAAUUUAGUUAGAAUAUUGGAGAAUUUUUUUUUAAUAGAAAUGAUCUACAUUUAAAUGAUUAUUACUGGACCCACCAGCCCACACUUGUAUAAUAUUAUUAUGAAUUUUUCCAAUUUUGACUUGCCAUUGCCCGGCACCAAAAAUGUGAACUUGUUGCUGCAGGUAUAUACUAUACAGUAUAGCAGCAUAUACCUACAAUCUGUAUAUGUUUCUACUGCACACAUUCAUGCACUUAAUUGUAACUUUCUCAGUGCCUGAAUCAUAUCCAUUGUUAAAGAUGUAUACGCCUUUUUACCUUUGUACUAAUCUGUUUUGUUGUGAUUUGAUACUUUGGAUAUUUUAGGUGUUUUUAUUUACUUUUUUUUGUAGUAGUUUCUUCUUUGAUACUAGGGGAAUAAUAGCAUUGUUACAGGGGACAGUUUAAAAAAAUGGUGCUCAUUAUACUAACUUGUGAAAGAAGAGUUUGGAAACCUAGAAAGCUCCAGAGAGUCAUUUACAUAUAUUAAGAUUGUUGCAGAUCAUAAAAAACACAAAUGUAUUUAUGAAAUAAAGCACCUAUUGUAUUUACUAUAAUAGAAUUUUCCAUUAGGGCAGUCUUACAGAAUAUCAUUUUACCAAGAGCUGUGUGAAUUAUUGUUGGCCUAAAAGUAUCUAAAAGAAAUUAGGCUUCUGUAGAAGUGAACCUGAAAUCUCGUUCACAUGUACCAACUUUAGAUACAACAUGCAGAUCUUACUGGAGGCACCUGGAUAUAAGAAUCAAAUCAUCGUAUCAUGACCUCACAGUAAGGCCGGGUUCACACUGCAUUAUGGGAAAAAAUCAACCUGAGAUUCCGAGUGCGGGCAGACAUUAGGUAGGCGGGUAGGGCCGUGCAGAUAUUGGCAUCCCGAUAGACAGUGGAGAUCCACUAGAACAUUGGACUUGUUUAAUGAUCUGGCAGAUUUUUUCAAGGGGAUUUUCCAGGUGGAAAGUCCGCCUCGAAAAAUCUGCAGUAUGCGGAGUCAGAAAUUCUGUAGUGGGAACCUAGGCUUAGAGAAGUUUACCAAAACUGAGGCAAAGAAAAAGUGGAGCAUUUGACCAUAGUAAUCAAGGCGUGAGGUUGGGGAUGGAAGGGAGUCAGAUGGGGCAUCAUGGGACUCUGCCAUAGCCAUCGUGUUUAAAUACAGAUCUAAAGCAGUCAACUGAAUCUUUAAUCCUAGGUGAAGAAAAACCUAAGGGUAUGUUCAUACAGGCAGAAACCCCCCAAAAAUGCCCUGGAAAAAAGAUUGUUUUUGAUUUCCCUCUGACUUCAAAGGGAAAUGUUCAACAAAAGCACUGAAAAAAAGAAAUAUGCCACUUGGUAGCUGAUAAUGAAAUCAAUGGGACCUUACAAAAAAAACCCUGAAAAGCCACAUAAAAAGAGUUGGAUUUUAAAGCAGUUUAUGCAGUUACAUUUUAAGAAGCUUCUUUUACUGUGUGAACUGACAAUAACUGCACUUGUAGCUUCUUUGAAAAGAAAUGUUUUAAAAAUGAGUGGAAGAAUCUGAUUGGUUAUUAAGGGUAACCUCUUAACCCUUUCUUUAUAUUAGAUCAGAUUUGUUAUUAAGGAUGACCUCUUAACCUUUUCUUUAUAUUAGAUUUGUUCUCUCCUGUUGCGAGAUGUAUGAAGAGCACAGACAGGUUUAUACAUCCCUUGGUGCUCUAUCUCCUGUCAUAUUUAUCUUUUUACAAAGAAUAAGCUUAACAAUAAAAUGUAUUACUUAUACACAACACUAUGCCAUUCAUCUUGCUCAAGUUAAACCUAGAGUCAGCCCUUUUUUCAGUUCCAAUGAAAGCAAAUUGGUUUGACAUGAGUGUAGGAAAAAAUGUCUCUUAGUUUAGGCCAUGCAUGACUAAUGAUAAAUCUGGUCCUUAUAAUAGAUAAAUGAUCCUUCAAUUAACCAUGGCCUGCCCAAAGUAAUAGUGGACUGUACUUUGAUGUGUGAGAUGAGCUAUGAUUGGCUAAGGCUCUUUUAAUGAGAGUGCUCAAUUAAAGCAUCACCUUUAGUAAGAAACUUGACAUAACCAAUAUUUCUAGCUUACUGUAUAAGAUGUUUAGAAUAAUUUUAUUAACGAAUCUGCUACCCAUACAAUAUAGACAUGGAUUACUAGUGACUGCUCCUAGGCUCCUUUAUUGCUACAUGAUGCUGUGCUUUGUUAGACUAUUUGUGAAUAACCACCAUCUGCACUACCAUUCCUAAUCAUACUCACCUUCCCUGACCCCUUACCUGCCUCUGCAGUCCUGGCAGUGCCGCAUCCCAGCUGUGCAGCCUUCCUGCUUUUGUUAUGACUCAUAAGAAAUGCCCAGCUAUUAAUGAUUAGCUAAGUUGGCAUUGAAACAAAAGCAGGAAGAGCUGCUUAAAGGAAAACUGUCAGCCAGUUCACCCACACUAAACUCAAUGCACUGGGUAAUAGUGUGGGUGAACAGGAGUCCAUACACGGAUCACUUACUUUUUUAGGUAUUCCUGCUGCCGAGUUGUUGUCCGCUAAAGUUUCGUAAUUCUGGCCUUCAUUUGCGCUCUGAAGGCGAUUCCCCCGCCUUUGGGUUCCGGAGAAGGGGCCUUAGUCCACCCCCCUUGUUCGCAUAUCCAUUUUCCCCCCGAGUACAGCGUUCUGUCUGCAGAGCGCAUGCGCUGAAGAUUUUACACAGCUCUCGCGUCCUGACGACGUGAGACCUGUGCGUCGGGAGAGUGCUCUGCAAAGUAUAACUGCGCAUGCGCUGGUCCCUCGCUACACCCGGACGUACCUCUUUCUGAAGUCUCUGUACUCCCGACUUCCAGGUGUAGCGAGGGACCGGCGCAUGCGCAAUUACACUUUGCAGAGCGCUCUCCCGAUGCACAGCUCUCACAUCAUUGGGACGCGAGAGCAGGGUAAAAUCUUCAGCGCAUUCGCUCUGCAGACAGAGCGCUGCGCUCAGGGGAAAAAUGAAUAUGCAAACAAGGGGGAGGGGGCUAAGGCCCCUUCCUCCAGAACCCAAAGCCAAGCUGCUGGCGGGGGACCCGCCUUCAGAGCGCAAAUGAAUGCCAAAAUUACGGAACUUUAGCGGACGACAACUUGGCAGCAAGAAAAUCUAAAAAUUAAGUGACCCGUGUAUGGACUCCUGUUCACCCAUACUACAACCCAGUGUAUUGGGUUUAGUGUGGGUGAACUGGCUGACAGUUUUCCUUUAACAUGGAUGACAUUGGCAGGGGUUCAGCCAGGUUAGUAUAAUUUAUUUUUUAAGUUAGUUCAAUCCCAGAACUACUAUAACUUUGUUGGGCCAGACAACACAAAUGUUUGGCAACUUUGGAAAAUCCCUUUUGUGUUUGAAAGGUGCCCCUACAAUAAGCUGAUCACAGGGUGUCCACAAUUGUGAAGGGUUGUGAGAGUAAAUGAAAAUCAACAAUAAUUUAGUAUUGUGCCACCAAGCUGUGCAGGGAAGGAAGUGCAGCCACUCUCCAGUUCUCUGUACAGAUGGGGGAACAUGGCCCACUAUGCAAGAGAAAAGUCAGUAAAGGAGAUGCAGUGCUACACCAGUGCUGUGUUCUCUUCAUUCUGACCAUUCAUGCCAAGGAAAUUAAAUAUUGCAGUUUCCAUUUAAGUCAAUGGGAUAUCAAUGCCAUACUGUAUGUAUUGGGUUCCUCAGAGAGAAAACCUCUUUGCAGUUUUUGCAGAUUACUGUUAAUAUUUGCAAAUUAGUUUCAUUAAUUUAUGUCUUUGUCUUUGAAAUUAGUGAGAAAAACACAUUUUAUUGUAUAGCUGAAUAUUAAUAGAUAAACAAUAUUAAACAUAACGUUUAAAGUGGAAGUACAACAGAAGCAAAACUUUCAAUUUGAGUAUAUCAUAAAUAACACCUAACACUAGGUUUUUAAUUUCUAAAACCUAUCUAUCAGGGCUCAAGUCCUGCAGAAAUGAAGUUUCUGCACUUUUUCCACAGCAGGAACACAGUUUCCAUUAGCAUACGUCCUACAGGACCAGCCCUUGAGGGAGUUCCCAUACUUCUUUCCCAGGACUUUAGCCCUGGAGUCUAUAUACAGUGGCCCACCUCUCAUUCUGACCAGUGACCACCCAUUUUUGAGCAGGAGCUAGAGACAGUGAGCUGCCAAGAUAUAUGGCCCAGAUAUAUAUAUAUAUAUAUAUAUCUGUCUGAAACUAAAACUGUCUGGGUUUUUAAUAGAAACCAAUCAUGGCUCUGAUUGUUUGUUCUGGGAAGGUAAGCCAGUUUUUGUCUCCAUUGGAUUGAUAAAUCUGGGACUUUGCAUACUUUUUUUUUUUUUUACCAGGCUCACCCCCAUAAAAAACUAUUUUUUGUCCAGGUUUGGGUAUUUGUCUCAAAGAGGUUUCAGGUACUUACCGUAACUACUGUACUUUUGGCACGCACAUCUUCUUGAUAAUCUAUUUUUAUCUAAUCUAUGGUCUGUAUUCAGUUAUGGCUCAAUUGACUACAAAUGUUACAAAUCUCUCUUUAUUUCUAUAUUUCAUGGUUUACUAUGUACUAUUUCCCUAAGAAAUGUGUAUUGUUAUUAGUAAGAUGUUUGUCAUUGUGAAAUGUUGGUUAAUGAUUAAGAAUACAGAGGCACUGAGAUAUGAUGUAUACAAAACCAAUAAAAUGCUGUAAUAACAAGAA